CAGGUGUGAUGAGGACGUGGUUCCGUCGGACAAGACGCAAAAUGAGCAGACUUUUCGAUGGAGUCCGUGGUGUUUGUCGCUGUUUAUGGGGAAAACAUUGUUUCACUAUACUUUGCUUGAUAGUGUCGAAUAGGUUAAUAAACCUUUACCUGUCGUGGCGAAACGGCGGCGGAAAUGACCGAAGUGUCAUUCAGGGAAAGAGUGGAACACCCGAAGAAGAAGAAGAAGAAGAAGGGUCUGGAUUCGAUGGGGUUCGAGUGGACCCCGCAGACAAGCCGCGUGACGCUCAGAGUCAGGAAGACCAAACAUCCAGUUCAGCUUCAACAAGCAACAAACGAAAUCUAGACAAUAUCCAUGGCUGUAACAAACAAUCUGACCAAAGUGUUGCUGUGGAUGAGAGUGGUGAGUCUGAAGAGGAUGAGUUUCAAAGCAGAGCAUAUCAAGUGGACCCCRCAGAUGAGCUGUACUGUGAUUAUGAUUCAACCUGGGAGACCGAGCAGAAUCCAGACCCCGUAGCACCAAAGAGGAGGAACACAGGUUUAUCAAACCACAAACGAUAUAAGUUCAGCAGGUUUACAAAUGCUGCUAUGGACAUGCAGAACUACAGACAUGACUAUCCACAGCAAAUCAACACCAGGAAACAACAGUCACCUGAUGGGAAGCCCAAUUUACAGUUCUACCUUGGAAAGGCACCAUGUUUACCAGACGGUCUCUACAUAGAUGAAAUCCACAACACUUGGUGGGGAAACUAUUCCAAACUAGAAUCUGUGCACACCUACAUUCAGUGGUUGUUUCCUCUGCAAGAACCGGGGAUGAACUAUCAGGCCAGCACACUGACAAAACAAGAAAUUCAGGAUUUUUGUCAAAACUCCCWGGCAAAAUAUAAUCUCCUGCAGUCAUACAAGCUCAUGUUGGAUUUCUAUGGCAUGGCGUUGAAAGAUGAGAAAACAGGWGCAGUGAAAAGAGCACCGAACUGGAAGGAAAGAUACAACAAUCUUAACAGUCACACACAUAACAAUCUGCGCAUCACCCGCAUCCUGAAAUGCCUGGGAACCCUGGGAUAUCCUCUCUACCAAGCUCCUCUGGUCCACUUCUUCCUGGAAGAGACUCUCAUCCAUGGAAAACUUCCAGCUGUCAAAGAAAGUGUCCUCAACUACUUUCUGUUUGCUGUUCUGGAUAAGAAAGAGCGUAGAAGACUCAUAAAGUUUGCUUACGAAAAUUACACUCCUAAAGAGGAGUUUGUGUGGUGCCCAAAGAAAAUCCAGGAGGUCUGGUCACGGAUGCAAGACGAAGCCUCCGGUGUUGCAUCCGAUAGUGAUGUAGAAGCCAGAAACAAUGAGCAGAACGAACCGACUGGUGAAAAUAAUGGUGAUAAUUAUGAAGAACUUGUGUAAAAUCUAAAUCAAGGUUGAUAAAAAUGUUCAUGCGUGUAAAGUUUUCAGUGGAGUUUACUUGCAAGGUUUACUGAGCUGUACACAAUAAAUGGACAGAUGUUAAUGUGGUUCAUCAGAAAACUACAUAUUCUUUAUUUCUCAUUUAUAGUUUGUUGUUUCUUUACCCUUACUGAUCUGAAGUAAUCUGAUCCUGGUGGAAAUGUUUACACAAAGUGGAAGUGUCCAUGGUGUCGAUAACAGACAUCUGAAGUACYGACAGAAUCACACACUAAGGAUGAUAUAAUCAUUGUUUCUGAACUUUACACUUUUAAUUUCUAUUUUUCAUUCCUGCAAUACUUCUUAUCCUGUAAUUGUGUUUGCAUUAAAGAAGUAGGAUUGUAUAUGCAAUUUCAAUUAUUUAAAUUUAAACAAGAUUUUCACUAAAAAUGUUUUUAAUUUUGUUCAAAUUGUAAAUCUAAACUGGAAUGAUCAGGUGUUUUUGUUAAAUUAAACUGUUUUGCACUUCUCGUUUUA